AUGCCAACGUCAAGCCAAGCAUUGAUCCUGCUGACCACAGAUGGCCGGACACCAGCACAGGAGCUCACACACCGGACAUUUCCGUUAUGUUCCGUGCCCUAUCCUUUAACAAGCCAUGACAUUAACGCCAAGUGUGUCCAGCUUGAUGACCAGAGCGAUGACGUCAUUGGGGAUGUGUAUGUUUCUAGACAAACUCGCAUCAAAAUCGGUGACGUUCUUAGCAAUCUACCCGAGUUGUUGACCAUAAAGGGCUACCAGGGGGCGCUAGCUUACGAUGCCCAUUCGAAAGUAAUGAAGUGGAAAAUCGACACCGAAGUUCCCGAUAGUCGAAUGGAAGCGUUUAUUACUUAUCGCGGGGAUCCAGCUUUUAAACCAGACUACUUCCAGGAUGAGAAAAUCAGGCUUCCUUCUAUAUAUGACAACGAAGACGAAAUAGAUGGCGCCAACGUUCUUGACGGAUCCCAGACCUGUCGCUACACUAAAAAUGUGUGGCGACCCCCAAGUGAACAGAUAGAAAAAAUGCCAGUGUCUUUUCCGUCCUUGAUGAAAACUGCGAUCGACGAAGAGACUUACGAACGGCUGUGUAAUCUCGGUUUUCGACCAGGUGGAAACGGUAAACGAAACCGAACGAUGAAUGAUAAAGACCAAGGGAACCCGAAAGGAAAACGAGUAAGCUUACAAGCAUGGACAAGUCCUGAAGAUUACCAAGAAAAUGAUUUCCGUUUGGAGGAUUUGAAUCUAAGACCAAAUGACAGAAAAGCAUAUCAUGUCAAAAUGUCCCAUUUGCGUAAAGACGGUGGCACGCUUCCGUUUCCUGGGACGAUGCCACCAGUGAGGCUUCCCGGAAAUGCGCGAUCUGUUACAUUUUCUGACCAAGCUCAUGACGGAACUGCAACCGGCAACACUGUGUAUAUCCCGAGCCAGGAAGCAUCUGAAGAAUAUGUCCAGGGUCCGGAAGUCUCUGCAACGUAUAAUGGACACGGUUCAAGUUCAAUGAAGGAUUACAUGUCCGAGAGAAACAAAUUUUUUUCCAAGUAUGGAAAAUACACAAAUAAUGUCGUUACUGAAGAAUCUAACGGCGUCAUUAUGGAGCCGACAAAUAACAACAGACUUCCGGCUAUUGAUACAAGAUAUCAAAAGGAGCAAUUAUCGUCCUCAAACAUUUCAACUGUUACACCGGAACCGGAAGUACAGCCAAUCAAAUCAAAGAAACUUUCACUGAUUGACAAUGUCAAAUCAAUGGCAAACUAUAACAAGUGGAAGAAACAAAAGUUGACUCGUCUUCGUCUUAGAAAGGAAAUUCCUGUUUCACAACCACUUUCUGUCUGCUUCAGUUUCCGUGAUAACGCGAAGAGUCAUUCACAAGUGAAAGACUUAGUCGAAAAACAGAUAGGAAGUCCCAUAACAAGACUCCAGUUUGACCCCAUUUCUGUGCACGCGCUAGACAAUCACGCGAAAAGUCGCUGGGUCGUGACCUUGGAUGACAAAGAAAAGUGUGAUUAUCUAUUGGCACAUGGAUUAGUAGCUGACGGUGAGGUAACAGAGGUUCGGAAUCUGGACGAAAUGAUGAGGGAGGAAGUUGAAGCCUAUAAACUAUACGAAAUGGUGCAAAGAGGACAAAUUUCAAUGCCUAGCGUUAAUGUCCGACGUGUUAAGGCAAGACAAGGGACGAGAAGCACGUGA